AUGAAUAGCCAGGAAUUUGCCAAAAAGCCACAACUCUAUACUGAACAACAAGACCAUGUCACCCCAAAGCCCACAGAACUGAACCCAGAGCACCUCCUCUAUGAUGGAAAACAACCAGAUUUUCAAGAAAGAGCAAGAAGAACUGAUCUGGAAAGUAACUUAACAGAUGUCUCUAAGAAGCUCUUUCACCUAAAAGAUAAGCUUUGUUCAACUUCCAGUGGAACCAGGUGUGUCCAUUACCCUUGGUAUACAUUGAAUAUUUCAGGCUGGGCAACAUAUUUGGGAAACAAAACCUAUUUCUUCUCAAAUGAAAAACUAACUUGGAAUAAUAGUAGGAAUUUGUGUUUGUCAAUGAUGUCAGAUUUAGUGGUCAUCGAUAGUGAAGCAGAACAGGAAUUUAUAAGGAACUCUGCACAAAUAACCGACUCUCCAUACUGGAUUGGACUUACUGAUCAGAAUGUUGAAGGUAGCUGGUGUUGGGUUGGUGACCAUGCCUGUAAUACAACUAAUAAAACGUACUGGAUGGAAGGCAACCCUAGUAAUUCUGACUCUGGACAUCCUACUGGUGAGGAUUGCGUUACAGUGAACUAUAAUACAUUAACACUGAAAACCUGGAAUGAUGAAUCAUGCUAUAAGACCUUCAGGUGGAUUUGUGAAAAGGAGCUUGCAGUCGUUUCCAUAUAACAUAAAAUGUAUUUUCAUUGUCUAUGGAAUUAAAUGAACUUUAUAAGAA